AUGGAGUCCUGGUUAGCAAGGCUAAAGCAAAAGAGAAAUAUAAUGAUAUGCUUUCUUUACGAGUUCUGUGGAGCAGCAUUUGUUACAUAUGCUUACAAUCUCUCUUAUUAAGAAAGAGGUUAAGCUAUGUGUAAUCCUCUAAUUCGUGGGUUUGCUUAUUUUAUUGGUUGGAUGAUUGCCUGUUCAGUCUCAGGAGCUCAUUUUAACCCGGCUACAUCACUAGCUGUUUUCAUCUAUGAACGAUCGUGGUCUAACUUGAAGACCUUGAUAGGAUAUAUUUUCAGCUAAUUCUUAGGCGCUUUUGCUGGCAUUUUUGUUGCUUAUCUGCUUUCUAGAUAUUAUGGUGCUGAACUCUAUCCAAAUAGAUACAUCAUUAAUAGUUCCAAGAAUGAUUUAUACUUUGAUGAAGAUGGAAAUAUCAAAUAUCAAAGAAUUAUCUUCUAAGAAAUAUUCUAAACCUUUAUCUUUACUCUUGUAUUUUUGAUUAUGAAAUACAGACAUACAUUUGCAAACACUGACGAUAUUGUAAAAGGCAUUAUACUAGCUUUUACACUUUAUGUUGUUUAUACUAUGGAUAUUAAGGCCGGCGAGAGUUUAAAUCCUGCAUUUGCUCUUGCUGAAAGUUGCCUUAUGUUUGCCAGACAGCAUUUCAUCCAAGACAAGGAAUUACUUGGGGAUGUUGUAUGGGUUUAUUUGCUAUUUCCCUUUUUGGGAUCCGCUCUUGCCUCUCUUCUCUUCAUUUUAAUGGACAAGCAUGAAAAGAAUCUGUCAAAAAUAAUGAAUGGUGAUGAUUGA